CACAGACAGGAGUAUAAAGUUCCUGCUGGUGUCCUGUUUGUACAGUAGUUCAGCACAAAGGGGCUGCCAUGGCUUUCCUGAUAUACAGCUUCGCUCUGGUUCUCCCGAGUGUCCUGGCUUUGAGCUCCAACACUGAGCCGAACUGUGAGGAACUCAUAAAGCCACUGGUGCUGGAUGGCAACUACAGCUCAAUCAUGGGGAAGUGGAUCCUCGCUGGAGGAGUAUCUGAAGGUAUUGUGGGAAUGAUCAUACAAACGAUGGACACACACUGGAUGGAGCUCUCACCUGGUACAAACAACGAAACCAUCCUUGUGAGACAAGCGUUCAGUAUAGACAAAAUAUGUCGGUUUGAAACCAUGGAAUUACCUCUUACAAAAAAUACUGUGUCUGAGUCUGACAGUGGAACUGUCCAGUUCUAUUUAUUACCAUCCUGUUCCAACUGUCUCACUGGAUUCUACUCUCAUCAGGAUAGAUACUACUCCAGCAGAGUACUUUUGCUGUUUUCUAGGGAACGCAAAGCUUCAAAAGAGGCGAAGGAUUUGUAUCAAAAGCAAGCUGAGUGUCUGGGAUUUCCUAAAAUGUUGAUCUUCUACAAUGAUGUAACAGAAUUGUGCCAGAAGGAUACAAAUGAGACUACAGCUGAGCAGAACUGAAAACAAUUCUCAUUACAACAAUGAUUCUUUCUGUCAAUGUCAGUACCUGUUAAAAAAUUUGGUUAAAAAUUUUUUGAUCUGUUAAACCUGAUAAAGCUGUAUUAGAAAUAAAGUGCUCAACUCUG